AUGCCGAACGUUGUGCCAGGGAUUGGGGACGAGCCUCCUAUCCCCAAGGGGUACAACGGGUUGAAUGAGACGGAGGUGGAGGAGGAGGAAGGCAAGGAUGACGCAAAGAUUGCAGACUUUGGGCUGGUGAGGAUGGAAAAGGGCACUUCUGUAAGCACGACGCGUGUCAUGGGCACACCGGGCUAUGUGGAUCCAGCCUACUUCAGCACGUGCAAGGCCACCACUGCCAGCGAUGUGUACAGCUUUGGAGUGCUCAUGCUGGUCGUGUUUACGGGACGCCCACCAUUUGUAGAGACUGAUGGAGAGGGUCAGCUGGUCACUAAAUGGGCGUCGGACUGCCUCUCCUCGGGGGACUUGGCCAGCCUCAACCACCCCACCAUGGACGCCCCUGCAGAUGCUGUGCUGCGUGUGGCUCAGCUCGCCCUCACCUGCACCACAGAGCGCACUGCAACCCGCCCAAGCAUGGCACACGUCGCCAACGAGCUGCAAGCCAUCCGGGAGGAGGUGGUGGGGAAAGAGGAGCUCAGCGCGGCUGUGAAGGUGGAUGCGCAGGUCCAGGAGAAGGAGGUUGUUGCCAAUGUGUUAAGCUUCGACGAACAGCUCCAAUUUCUUGACGACAAUCUGGGUGAAAGAUAA